CUUUACACUCCCUCUCUCUCUCACACACACACAGGUGAGAGUAAAUACGAUAAGUGGGAGUGGUGCGUGUGUUUAACUGGCAGAGCAGCUUUGCAGAGACCGUCACAUCAUCAUCACACACACACACACACACACACACACUCCUCACUGCAGCGUUACGCCGAGCUCAUAGCGAGGCUGUGUGGCCCUCCGCAUGGAUAUGAAGAGUAUGAGAGAGUAUAUGGGCUGGUUGUACUACCAGUACCUGCUGAUCACAGGCAUCUAUGUGCUGGAGCCGUGGGAACAGUCCAUCUUCAACACGGUCCUCUUUACUAUGGUGGCCAUGGUCAUUUACACCUCCUAUGUGUUUGUGCCGAUUCACGUGCGGCUGGCGCUGGAGUUCUUCUUUGAGCUGGUGCGAGGGCAACCGGAGAGCACAGUGGCCCUCAUGAACCAAAGAUGAAGGAAAGACCUUUUCAUUGAUCUGCUGUGUCACUCUUGUUUAUUUUUCUACUCAGGAACAAACAAGCCAGAUGAAAUGAGAAGGUGUUGGCUAAAGCCAUGUUCAACGCCUUCGAGUCUUCCGUAUCGGAUUCCUGGACUCCUGCCCCGUCAUGAGAAUAAUGUAUGCAAAGUUUUGGAUGGAUUGCCAGUACUGAGGCUUUGCAUGAUAUCACCCGCCACAUAAGGACACUUUGGCCCUACUUUGCGAUUAAUGUUUAUGAUAUAAUAUGGAAAUCAUCAUUUUGACUCUAUAUUUGGCGUCCCUGAUUGGACUGAGAUUAUUUGCCCCAGUGCAAAUUAAAUGUUGUUGAAUCCCCCAACCCCCCCCCAAAAAAAAACAU